AUGGAGAAAAGUGACAUCGCAUCUAAAGGACUGUACUUCUCAACUGUAUUCAAAGUUCCAGCUCCACAGCGUUUCAUUGUACUUUUGGUACUUGCACUUUGGAUCUGGACAUGGAUAUUAAGAUUUUUCUCGCAUAACAGUUUGGACAUAUCUCAAGUUAUACUCACCAGAGUACCGCAUGACAUACGUCCAGGCUAUACUUUACCGCAAUUGCAUAGAACAGCAAGGAAUUUUGCUCUCAAAAUAACACGGCUCAUUAUACCUUUCCAUUUCAUCACUGUGCUUCUUUUCGAAUACAAGAAUGUUGCAGAAGCGCCAGCCAAUAACAUUGUUUUAGUUGUUUUUUUUUUACCCUUACUCCAGUCUAUGAUCAUAUUUUGGUUUUUACUAAGGGAUUGUCAAAUAAUAAAUUAUUGUGUCAGGAGAUGUCUGCUUAUUGAACCGUCACCGCGCUCCUUAAGAAACACCUAUAUCUUGCUCUCUGAUACGUUAACAUCAUUUGCGAAACCAUUGAUAGACUUCACAUUAUUCAGCUCAUUGAUAUUCAAAGAACCCUUCACGCAUUUUGACUUAUCCGUUGCUCUUUUCCCUGUAUUGGUCAGAUUACUACAAUGUUUAAGAGAAUACCGCUUACUGCGCGAUAAAACAUUACUAUUUAAUGCAUUGAAAUACAGCUGUAACCUCCCCAUUCUUUUUUGCAUUUGGCAAUCAAGGGUGUACGAGGGCUCGAUCAACUCAGAAAGGCUGCUCCACGCGCAAAGAUGGUUCAUGCUACUCAAUUCUUCGUAUACCUUGUUUUGGGACAUAAGAAUGGACUGGUCGCUGGAUUCGUUGUCAAAUUUAAGGUCCAAAUCUAAGAGUGUAGUUACAUUGAAAAAAAACAUGUAUCAUUUUGCGAUUGUUAUCGAUGUUGUUCUUAGGUUUUGGUGGUUAUGGGUCUACUUGUUCCAGGGUUUGGAAUUCGUAGCUCCUAAUACAGAUUGCCUUUUUUUCCAGGGCGAAAUGCAAUAUUUGGAAGUGAUUAGAAGAGGUAUAUGGGUUAUUUUCAAACUAGACGCGGAGUAUUAUACCAAAUGUGUAAGCAAAUGA